GGGAAAAAACAUCCUACAAAAUUAAGUCAAGCAGAUCUAACCCGCCUUGAUGGAAACAAUUUAAGAGAAAUAAUAAAUGAGUUUAAUGGAACAAAGUCAUCUGCAGAUAAUGGAGAUGUAGAGAAUCAAAAUUUUUGCUUCGGAUUACCAUAUCCUGCCCACUGUGAUAAGUAUUAUGGCCCAUAUUCUGUUGAAUGCCUAACUACAAUAUGGACUUCAGUGAGAUGUUUGCCAGAAGGUGAAGAAUAUCCUCACAAGUUAUCUGAAAGUGCUAUAGCAGCUUUCACUGAAAUGGGACUGAGACCAUUGAUCGCACAGUUUAAUGCCUCAGCUCUUGCAUCAGAUAACGGAGAUGUUGGUCAUCAGAAGAAAUGCUUUGGAAUGGAAUAUCCACAGCACUGUGUAAAAUACUAUGGACCACAUCCUACAUCUUGUUUGAAAACGAUUUGGAGUCAUUUUGAAUGUUUAGAACUUGGAACUAAAUAUCCUGAUAAACUUACAACAGAGGAACAUCAAAGAUAUGACAAACAAACACUUAGGGAAGUCAUCAGUGAUUUUGAAAACACAAGGAACAAGGCUGAUAGUGCUUCUAAACAACAUCAGCAAUACUGUUUUGGAAUGGAAUAUCCUCUCCAUUGUACAUUAUAUUAUGGACCUCACCCUGUUGAAUGUUUGGUAACGAUCUGGAUUUUGGAACUUUGCUUACCUGAUGGUCAUAAACAUCCAACUAAACUUUCCAAUGACGCCUUGGAACGGCAUGAUCAAAUGAAUCAAAGAGAAAUUAUAAGUGAAUUCAAGUCUAUCAAAUCUUCUGCGGAUGAAGGUGAUCAUGACAAUCAGAAUUUUUGUUUUGGAAUGGCAUAUCCCAAGCACUGUAAUGAGUAUUAUGGACCAUACAUUAUUGAUUGUCUUAAAACAAUUUGGGAAAUGGUAAGAUGCCUUCCUGAUGGAUCAAAAUUUCCAUCCAAACUAGACUCAGCAGAAAUUGAUGGAUUCAAUGGAAUGGGAUUGACUCCACUCAUUGAACUCUUCAACACGUCUGCACUUUCUGCCGAUAAGGGCGAUGUCAAAUUCCAACAGGAAUGUUUUGGAUUGGAAUAUCCUGAGGGUUGUGUCAACUACUACGGGCCACAUCCCAUGGAAUGCUUAAUCACAAUAUGGAAAUCAUUCGAAUGUUUGGAACUUGGAUCAAGAUUUCCAGAAAAACUUCCAAGAUCUGAACUUCAACGAAUUGAUAAUCUAAAUAUCAGGGAAGUAACGGCUGAAUUUAAGGUUAUCAGGAAUGAUGCGGAUAAUAACAAUAAGGAGUCACAGGUGUACUGUUUUGGAAUGGAAUAUCCACUGCAUUGCUUAAAAUAUUACGGACCACAUCCAGUGAAUUGUCUGGAGACCAUGUGGAUUUCUGCACGUUGCAUAAAUGAAGGGAAAAAACAUCCUACAAAAUUAAGUCAAACAGAUCUAACCCGCCUUGAUGGAAACAAUUUAAGAGAAAUAAUAAAUGAGUUUAAUGGAACAAAGUCAUCUGCAGAUAAUGGAGAUGUAGAGAAUCAAAAUUUUUGCUUCGGAUUACCAUAUCCUGCCCACUGUGAUAAGUAUUAUGGCCCAUAUUCUGUUGAAUGCCUAACUACAAUAUGGACUUCAGUGAGAUGUUUGCCAGAAGGUGAAGAAUAUCCUCACAAGUUAUCUGAAAGUGCUAUAGCAGCUUUCACUGAAAUGGGACUGAGACCAUUGAUCGCACAGUUCAAUGCCUCAGCUCUUGCAUCAGAUAACGGAAAUGUUGGUCAUCAGAAGAAAUGCUUUGGAAUGGAAUAUCCAAAGCACUGUGUAAAAUACUAUGGACCACAUCCUACAUCUUGUUUGAAAACGAUUUGGAGUCAUUUUGAAUGUUUAGAACUUGGAACUAAAUAUCCUGAUAAACUUACAACAGAGGAACAUCAAAGAUAUGACAAACAAACACUUAGGGAAGUCAUCAGUGAUUUUGAAAACACAAGGAACAAGGCUGAUAGUGCUUCUAAACAACAUCAGCAAUACUGUUUUGGAAUGGAAUAUCCUCUCCAUUGUACAUUAUAUUAUGGACCUCACCCUGUUGAAUGUUUGGUAACGAUCUGGAUUUUGGAACUUUGCUUACCUGAUGGUCAUAAACAUCCAACUAAACUUUCCAAUGACGCCUUGGAACGGCAUGAUCAAAUGAAUCAAAGAGAAAUUAUAAGUGAAUUUAAGUCUAUCAAAUCUUCUGCGGAUGAAGGUGAUCAUGACAAUCAGAAUUUUUGUUUUGGAAUGGGUCAGUAA